GGCUGGUUUUAGAGAAGUUUUCGAGACUAUUAAACUGGUCGGCCCAACUUCUGGACUAGUUAAAUCAGCAGCUUACUCAGGCAUGAGAGAAUUUACGAAGCAAUAAUGUGCCUACAAAUCCUGUAUAACGCUUUUAAUGUAUUUGACCUUGAAUGUUCUCUCAGAAUCUCGGCAUAUUUGUAUCCCUCUCCGAAUAAUAACGGGAUAUUCAUUCCGUGCCUCCCCUAGUGGAGACGAGGCGGAUUUACAAUGUUAAAUAAAAAAGCAGGGAUGAACGCCAUGUCUGAUCCCGCUGUUGAGGGGUAGAGAGAGCGAAUACAGCGGGCAGACUUCGAGGAUUCGGGCCGGAGCGCGCAAGCAGGCUCGAUGUCGGAAAGCACGGGGAUCCCUCAGGGCUCCCCGGCGGUGGGCGCGGCGGGCUCGGCUCCGGCUGCGCCAGGAGUCGGUGGAACCGAGUGUUCGGGAGCUGCUGUCGGUUCUGCACGCAUCGCCGUCAAGAAGGCGCAGCUCCGCUCCUCCCCGCGUCCAAAGAAACUGGAGAAACUCGGCGUUUAUUCCUCGUGCAAGGCUGAAGGAGCUUGUAAGUGUAAUGGCUGGAAAAGUCAAAACCCUCCCCCAACUCCGCCUCCUCCAACCCCACCCAGGGCUGAGCAGCCAAUCGCUGUCAGCCUAAUGGAGCCAUGCAGAAGUUGCAGCCAUGCCCUCGGUGACCAUGUGACACACCUGGAGAAUGUGUCAGAGGAGGAGAUGAACAGACUCCUUGGGAUUGUACUGGAUGUGGAGUACUUGUACACGUGUGUCCAUAAAGAGGAGGAUCCUGACACUAAACAAGUUUACUUCUCUCUCUUCAAACUGCUAAGGAAAUGCAUCCUGCAGAUGGGAAGGCCAGUGGUAGAAGCUCUGGAAAGCCCACCUUUUGAAAAGCCAAGCAUCGAACAGGGUGUGAACAACUUUGUGCAGUACAAGUUUAGCCACCUUCCGUCUAAGGAAAGACAAACCAUUGUGGAGCUCGCAAAGAUGUUCCUCAACCAGAUCAACUACUGGCAGCUAGAAACGCCCUCACAAAGAAGACAAAGAGCACCAGAUGAUGAUGUAGCUGGUUAUAAAGUCAAUUACACCAGGUGGCUGUGCUAUUGUAACGUGCCCCAGUUCUGUGACAGUCUCCCACGGUAUGAGGCCACACAGAUUUUUGGACGCAUUUUCCUGCGCUCUGUGUUUACCGUAAUGAGGAAGCAGCUGCUGGAACAGGCCCGGCAGGAGAAAGACAAACUACCACCUGAGAAACGCACACUCAUUCUUACACAUUUCCCCAAGUUUUUGUCUAUGCUGGAGGAAGAGGUUUAUAGUCAUAAUUCACCCAUCUGGAGUGAAAACUUCAUGAUUGGUUUAUCAGGCAGACAGAUUCCAACAGUGGUCAGUGCUCCACCUGUGAAUCGCUCCCUAUACUACAGCAGCAGUCCAGCACCAGUGGAGCUGGCUGGAGCUGGAAGUGUUAGCCCGGCCCGGAAAACAGCUUCUGUCCUCGAGCCCAAUCCAGGUGGAGAAAAGCGAAAGUCAGCUGAGCCAUUAUCUCAUGAGGACAGUAAACGGCCUCGUGUGGUUGGUGACAUUCCUAUGGAAUUAAUUAAUGAAGUCAUGUCCACCAUUACAGACCCUACUGCCAUGCUGGGACCAGAGACCAGUCUUCUCUCCGCUCAUUCAGCACGUGAUGAAGCUGCUCGAUUAGAGGAGAGACGCGGCGUCAUCGAGUUCCACGUCAUUGGAAACUCCCUCAACCAAAAGCCCAAUAAGAAGAUCCUCAUGUGGCUUGUUGGCCUUCAGAAUGUCUUCUCACACCAACUGCCUCGCAUGCCUAAAGAAUACAUCACAAGACUCGUCUUUGACCCGAAGCACAAGACUCUCUCUCUAAUUAAAGAUGGCCGUGUCAUUGGGGGAAUCUGCUUCCGGAUGUUUCCAACUCAGGGCUUCACUGAGAUUGUGUUUUGUGCCGUCACCUCCAAUGAGCAAGUCAAGGGUUAUGGGACUCAUCUCAUGAACCAUCUAAAGGAGUAUCACAUCAAGCAUGAAAUCCUCAACUUUCUCACCUAUGCUGAUGAAUACGCCAUUGGCUACUUCAAAAAACAGGGAUUCUCUAAAGACAUUAAAGUGCCGAAGUCAAAGUAUGUGGGCUACAUUAAAGACUAUGAGGGGGCCACACUAAUGGGCUGUGAACUGAACCCCUGCAUCCCUUACACUGAGUUCUCUGUCAUCAUCAAGAAACAGAAAGAGAUCAUUAAGAAGCUUAUAGAGCGCAAGCAAGCCCAGAUUCGUAAAGUCUACCCGGGACUGUCCUGUUUCAAGGAGGGAGUUCGGCAGAUUGCCAUUGAGAGCAUUCCAGGAAUACGUGAGACGGGCUGGAAGCCUUUAGGGAAAAGCAAAGAACUGAAGGAUCCAGAUCAGUUGUACAGCACCUUAAAGAACAUCUUAACACAGGUCAAGUCACACCCAAAUGCAUGGCCUUUCAUGGAGCCUGUAAAGAAGAAUGAGGCACCUGGGUAUUAUCAAGUCAUCCGCUUCCCUAUGGACCUGAAGACGAUGAGCGAGCGGCUGAAGAGUCGUUAUUACACCACGCGGAAGCUGUUUAUGGCCGACAUGCAGAGGAUCUUCACUAACUGUCGAGAGUACAACCCUCCCGAAAGCGAGUACUACAAAUGUGCCAAUCUACUAGAAAAGUUCUUCUACACCAAGAUCAAGGAGGCAGGCCUCAUCGACAAGUAAUCGAACCGAGGGCGCACGCAUGCAGUUCGUUUCCCUCUCUCUCUACCUCUUUUUUUAGCAUAUUUUACUCCAUUUAUGCUCUAUGGAAGCUUGUUUCCUCCACAGAAUUAUAAAAAACAAGUGUUUUAUCUCACAAUUUAUCUAUAAUUUUGAGUUUACAUCUCACAUCUUUGGGAAUUUGACGUAAUAAACAGUUAACAUCUUGUAAAUCAGACGUUUUUUCCUCAGAAUUGCAACUUUGUAUCUUGCAGUUUCACUUCAAAACUUGCAGUUUAUAUCACAUUUCUGAUAAAAAAGUUAGAUACAUGCCAAAUAUAUGCAGUCAUAAUUGUGUUGGAAAGCCUUGCAAUUGUGAGAAAAAAGUCAAAGCUGUGCCAUCAAACUGAUAAUUAUAAGAGCAUAUAAACACAAAAGUCUGUGAAAAAACACUUUAUGUGAAGUUUAUAGCUCUUAAUUGUGAAAAAAUAGAUGUAUAUGGAGGUAUAAACUCAGAAUCGUGAGUUGAAAGAAUUGCAAGAGCCUUUAAACCUGAAAUAAAUAAACAAUACAGUUGUGAUACACAGAAUUGCAAGAUAUUUCUUUAGCAUUUGCGAUUGUAGUUGUGUAACUUAAAAUGGUGAGGAAAAAAGUCAGAACUCCAAGUUUAUAUUUUUCUUAGAGCUUAUCUAUUUUUUAAAAGUUUGAACUGUGAGAUAUAAACUCUCUUCAGAGUUGAUGUUGUCUCUGGAAAAAAAAAAUCAUGUUAAAAUCGUGAGAUAAAACGUCACAAAGAAAUAAGCUCCCAUUACCUCUAUAAUUUCUGCAUCAAACAGAAAUAAAGGUGGGUCAUUCCAUGUCAAAUAAACUACAUUUCAGAAAGUUUCCUAGCUCAAAUUUUUGAUUUUGUUAAACAAAAUUCAGAAGAAACACAGACAGAUAGUAAAAAAAGGCUAAAUAUUAAAUGUCAUGGAAGUAAAAUUAUGGAGUACUACAGAAUUUUAUCAAAAAUGACAAUAUGCAUUUAGUAGAAAUGUUUUUUUGAAAGCAUGUGUCAACUCUGAAUUGUUAAAAAAAAGUCAGAAUUGUGAGAUAAAACCACAAAGAAACAAGCUCGCAUAAGCUCUAUCAGUAAUGUCAAACAGAAAUGAAGGUGGGUCAUUCCAUGUCAAAUAAACCACAAUUUCAGGAAGUUCGCUAGCUCAAAUUUUAGAUUUUGUUAAACAAAAGUCAGAUGAAACACAAACAGUAAAAAAAAAAAAAGGCUAAAUAUUAAAUGUCAUGGAAGUAUAAUAACAGACUAUUACAGCAAUUUAUCAAAAAUGACAAUAUACAAGUCCUUUAGACAUCAGGUAUCAACUCUGAAUUGUGAAAAAAGUCAGAAUUGUGAGAUAAAACGUCACAAAGAAAUAAGCUCCCGUUACCUCUAUCAUUUCUGCAUCAAACAGAAAUAAAGGUGGGUCAUUCCAUGUCAAAUAAACCACAUUUCAGAAAGUUCCCUAGCUCAAAUGUUUGAUUUUGUUAAACAAAAUUCAGAACAUAACAAUAAAAAGGCAAAAUAUUAAAUGUUGGCGACGCGGUGGCGCAGUAGGUAGUGCUGUCGCCUCACAGCAAGAAGAUCGCUGGUUCGAGCCUCGGCUGGGUCAGGUGGCGUUUCUGUGUGAAGUUUGCAUGUUCUCCUCGCUUUUGCGUGGGUUUUCUCCGGGUGCUCCGGUUUCCCCCACAUUCCAAAGACAUGCGGUACAGGUGAAUUGGGUAGGCUAAAUUGUCCGUAGUGUAUGAGUGUGGAUGGAUGUUUCCCAGUGAUGGGUUGCAGCUGGAAGGGCAUCCGCUGCGUAAAACAUGUGCUGGAUAAGUUGGUGGUUCAUUCUGCUGUGGUGACCCCGGAUUAAUAAAGGGUUGAGCCGAAAAGAAAAUGAAUGAAUGAAUGAAUAUUAUGUCAUGGAAGUAUAGUUACGCAGUACUUAGAGUCGCAAUUCGAUUCCAAUAUCUCUGGAACAGAAGUAUAUAGGGCUUUAAAAAUGAAGAAUACUAAAGAAAAUUGUGUUAAGAAUGAGAAUAUAAAAGGAUAUCUCUAUUUCAGGAGUUACAGGCAUGUAAACGCUGGAAAAAAUAUUUUUAUUCAAUGCAGUUGCUUUGAUAGAUGGAAACAAGAUAUAUUUAUACUAUAGUUUUAAGAUUUAAUGACAUUUCUCUACAAAAUACAUACAUCAGCUGUAUGCAAAGUGACACGUUUAUUAUUCUGACGCCUGAUAAUGUACAAUUUAACCGAAUAUUUAUCACAACUGCGAAUAAACCAUAUGAGGGCGUCCAAAUAACCAAAAAAGAAAACAGCAUACUAAAAUAAUACAUACCAAAAAGUUGUUUGUUAAGAACCAAAAUCUUAAAGGAUAUUCAGAUAUAUUUAAUAGGUCUUUUGAAUGCUCACAAUAGCCAUUUAAUACAUCAAACAAAUAUUAGUAAAAACUCGAAAAGUGGGCGUACACAGUACAAAUUCUAAUGGUUGGAAAACACACACACACAUUACGAAUGA